AUGAUGACUCCAUUCUUUACCAUCUGUCUUGUGACAGCAGUCACCGGCUCGUUUUUUGAAAAGGAAGUAACCCCUAGUUGUGGACCAGACGUGAAGGUGUGCGAAUUCUUCUGGACAAUCGAUUUUAAAGAAACCAUGGUUUACUAUGUAAAUGAGAGUCACAGGGGUAAACCAGUGGUCAUAAUGAACGAAACACUUUACAGACGGGAAACAUGCAACACCUUUGAACUGCUAACAGAUGAAGAACUACAAAAUGUCACCACAGCAGACGGACGGUACAAAUUAGUGUACACCAUCAACCAACAGGUGCCCGGACCUUCCGUGGUGGUAUACCAAGGUCAAGAGGUCGUAAUACACGUGAAGAAUAAACUUAUGUCAGAUGGGGUGACCAUUCACUGGCAUGGUUUCAACCAGCUCGGUACUCCAUGGAUGGACGGGGUAGGUUCUAUCUCGCAGUGUCCUAUAGAUCCAGAGGCCACGUUCGUGUACAGAUUUGUUGCGAAUGAAGUUGGAACGAGAUUUUACCACGCUCACCAAGGUACGCUGAGGACAGAUGGAAUAGCUGGUCCUUUUAUAGUCCUCCCUCGGGCAAGCGGUAACACGGAUAACGCCGCUGGAACUGUAGACAAAGAUUACGUGAUGUUCCUUCAAGACUGGUUCUUACGGUCGGGACCGGAAAUCUGGAAUUACCUCGACACUUAUCUGAACCCGUUCUUUCAUGGACCUGACAAGGAAGGAUGUACUACGCCUCGAACUUCCCAAGAUGGGGAAAUAACAGCAGACAUUCCUUUCGAAUCUGCUCUUAUAAACGGAAAGGGAAGAUACAACCACACCCAACCUAAUGAUGGUCUACUUUACGAAGUCUUCACCGUGACGACCAGUGAGGUGUACCGGUUUCGCAUCAUUAACGCCGCCAUGGUGUAUGCAUUUCAGGUAUCAAUUGACCAGCAUCCGAUGACAGUUAUAUCAGCUGAUGGCAAUGAGGUAAUAGAGUUCGAAGUUGACUCCGUUGUGGUACAUAGUGGUGAACGAUUUGACAUAAUACUCCAUGCAGACCAACCACCUGGUUCGUACUGGAUACGCGUCGAAACCAUGGACACUCCUGAAACAGGAGAGUCAUCGUCCCCCAGCUUUGGUCUGGCUGUAUUGCGAUAUCAUGAUACCGAAGUUGUGUUACCAGCCUCACAGAAAACUGUCUGUGAGAGAAGCAAACCAUGUCGUGUCGUCAAUUGUCCCUUCCUGUAUAAUUCGGAGUAUAAUACCGAAUGCACGUCGGUUGCGGAUCUCAAGGCCACCACAGAAGAACAAACACUCCAUCCAGUACCUGCUGUUAAUUCCGCUGAAACGUUUCAGGAAUUUUUUCUUAACUUCGUAUAUGCAAGGAGUAGGUCACCUAUAUCUGCAGCUGUUAACAACAAGGGUUUUAUGAGACCUUCCGUGCCACCACAGACUUAUCCCAAUGAUGAUGAGAUGUUCACAAAAUGUGUGGAGCGUUGUGACGAGUAUUGCACGUGCACUCACGUGAUUAAACUGAAUGUGGAUAACACCGUACAACUAGUACUCCUCAACAUAAACGACAAUUCUGUCGGCCUAGCACAUCCCGUCCAUGUUCAUGGUCAUCAUCCACACGUUAUAAAGAUGGCAUAUCCGGAAUACGAUAGACGUAACGGCAGGAUAUCAGGGCCCAACAAAGACAUUCGGUGUGACACGCCCAUCUGUGACAACGCUACCUGGAGUGACUCUUCCUGGCGGCUUGGAAAAAUCCCAGGUGUGAACCUGAACAAUCCUCCCCGGAAGGACACAAUCAUCGUACCUAGACAGGGAUACGUUGUCCUGCGUAUGACUGCUGACAAUCCAGGAUACUGGUUCUUGCAUUGUCAUAUUGAGGUUCAUCAGAUAGCUGGAAUGAGUCUGAUGGUACAAGAGGGUGAAGUUAGCGACAUGCCAGCACUGCCCAAAGGAUUUCCCACCUGUGGAAAUUUUGGACUGGACAGGGAGACCAAGACAUUCAGUAAUGGUAGUCUGUGGGCGCUUUUAGGUGGUGUACCCGCGGUAUCAGAGACAGACAAUGAGGGAAGUACUUGUGUUACCUUGAACGAGCCUAACCAAGCCAGUUGGGUAGUCCAAAAUACCGGUUAUGUACUCCCGUUAUGCUUCCUAGUGAUCUCCAACGUCGUCACACUUGCUGUCACGUUUAUAGUGAAACAAAGACGAAGGAACAUUAACUUUCUUCUUGAUGUACCAUGUCACAAACGACCAACGGAGACCAAUGGUAAACCGGAACCGGAAGUGUUCUACUCUAAAAGUGUGGAUCUAAGCGGUUCAAAAGAAAAACUAUUGCUUACAUAA